UUUCAAGAAGAGUUGUCAUCGGUGAAAUCGAGGUCUAGAAUCGAAGGGUCUUCUACGUUCUACAGCAACAUCUUUUUCUUUUUGGUUGAAGAGUUGGAGGCUUGUUUUGAAACUUUGAAGCUCUGGUUCUUUUCAAGAAGUUGCUUCAGAUUGAUGAAUACUAUGGAUGUGGCACUGAUAUUUAUUAACCUUGAGUCUCAAAUGUGACAUCUGAGAAUGGAAUAGACAUAUGUGAAUGAAGCUUUUCUGGAGAUUAUACUUGCAUUGCAAAUAGUAAGCGUGAAAGAUGAAUAUGUUGGAAGAAGAAAUCAAGUAUCCACAGGCUAGACCAUUGGUUGUGCUUCCGAAAGGAAUCUUGGCUACAUGGAAAAGGGAGUUUCAGAUAUGGCAAGUGGAAGAUAUUCCACUCUAUGAUUUCUAUUCUGUUAAUGCAGAUAAUAGGUCUCAACAGCAGGCAGUGCUCAAUCAGUGGGUCGAGCACAAGAGUAUUCUGUUCUUAGGAUACAAACAAUUUUCCUCAAUCGUCUGGGACGUUGAAACUAGUGCUACAUCAUCUGCAUGUCAAAAUAUGUUGCUCAAUGUUCCUAUGAUUUUUAUUCUAGACGAGGGGCGUACUCCAAGAAAUGACAGCACUGAUAUUAUGCAAACUCUUGCUAAAGUCAGAACUCCACGAAAAGUGAUUCUUUCAGGAGCCCUAUAUCAAAAUCAUGUUAGAGAGGUAUUCAAUAUAGUGAAUCUUGUUCGACCAGAGUUCAUGAGAUCAGAAACUUCUCAAUCUAUCAUCAAGCGCAUCAUGUCGAGAGUCGAUAUAGCUGGUGCGCGGAAGCAGGUCGAAGCAGGAGGGGUUGCUGCUUUUUACGAUUUGGUGGAACACACGCUUCAGAAGGAUACAGAUUUCAGGAGAAAAGUGACUGUCAUCCAUGAUUUAUGUGAGAUGACCAGCAAGAUCCUUCACUAUUAUAAAGGAGAUUUCCUGGAUGAGCUCCCUGGACUGGUUGACUUCACUGUGGUACUAAAUCUCACCUCUAAACAGAAGCAUGAAACUGAGAAAGUUCAAAAGCAUUAUAACAGGAAUUUCAAAUCAAGUUCUGCUGGUAGUGCUGUUUACUUGCAUCCAGAAUUAAUGCUCUCUUUUAAUGAAGCUGUCGUGACUGAUGAUAAACUAGAUGAGGUCAUUGAGAAAUCAGAUGUUAAAGAUGGAGUGAAGGCAAAAUUCUUUCUCAACGUGCUGAAUUUGUGCGCUUCUAAAGGGGAGAAGCUGCUGGUUUUCAGUCAAUACUUCCUUCCUUUGAAGUUCAUGGAGAGAUUGGUUGUGCAGAAGAAUGGUUGGAUUCCAGGAAGAGAAACCUUUAUGAUAUCUGGUGCAACAACUCCCGACCAAAGGGAAUGGUCUAUGGAACGUUUCAAUAGCUCGCCUGAUGCUAGAGUCUUCUUUGGCUCCAUUAAGGCUUGUGGGGAGGGCCUAUCUCUGGUAGGAGCAUCACGUGUCAUCAUCUUGGACGUUCAUCGUAAUCCGUCGGUCGCCCGCAAAGCAAUUGGUCAUGCAUUCCGUCCUGGCCAACCAAAGAAAGUGUUUGCAUAUAGAUUGGUAGCUGCUGAGGCUGAUUCACCUGAAGAGUUAGAUCACAGUACUUGCUUCAAUAAGGAGCUGAUUGCAAAGAUGUGGUUUGAAGGGAACGAAUGCUGUGGCUAUCAUGACUUUGAAAUGGAAACUGUUGACGUGAAAGAGUGUGGUGAUGAUUUUCUUGAAACCCCACUUCUAAGUGAAGAUGUCAGAGUUUUAUACAGAGGGAAAGCCCACUGUUUAUCAUCCUCCAUUGAGCUACUUCAGUUCUAAAGUAUGUUUUACUGACAUUCUACUCUUUGCUAUUUUGUGGGUUUUUAGAUGGAGGAAAAUACUAGAAUCUUUAGGGUUGGAGAGAGCCUGGUGCUACGUUUGGGAGCUCGUUAGAUUUACUAUCUUGUGUUGUGAAUUUCGAAGUUGUUUUGAAAUGAUCGGUUAAGAGUUAUCCUCUUGAAUUGAAGCUCCUUUCUCUAGGCGGGUCUUCUGUUGUAGGACUGGUUUUUUCGGUAUGCUCUUUGUAUAUUUCUUUAUAAAAAGUUCGGUUGUCGUUKAGA